AUGGCGCCGUCGGACGCGACAAAUUCGAAUCCGGUUCGAAAAGACGAUGCCCAUGCUGGGACGAAGGAUGGGGAGACCAAGUCGUUGACAACUUCAUCGUUCUCUUCCCUGUCUUUCCUUGUUGCUCUCCAGCUAUUUUCGAGGUUAUUCACCUCUAUACUCAACCAAGCGUUAUUUCGAUUAGCUUCGCCUAGUGUCUUCGGAACUGCUGCUAUCCAGUUCGAACUGGUGUUGAGCACCAUCUUGUUUUUGAGCCGCGAAGGGGUGAGGGGCGCCAUUUUGCGAAGUGGGGGUGGGGAGGCCAAAGCGGGGAAGGUAAAGGGUGAAGAGGACGACGAGCAGACGAUCAAAGCGAGGAACUUGACGUUCUUGCCAUUUUAUUUGGGCUUGCCGCUUGCCCUUGCGACUAGUGUGGGUUAUGUUGCGCUUGCGAGUGAGGAGGUGUUGAGGCAGCCGAGGUUGCAUCUGGCGGUGGCUCUCUAUGCUGUUGCGGCGCUUGUAGAAUUGGCGAGCGAGCCUAUGCAUAAUAUGGCAAUGGUACAGCUAAAGACGCAUGUGAGGGUUAGAGCGGAGGGUUUGGGGAUAACGUGUAAGAGCUUGGUGACGUUUGGAGUGCUGGUGUACGAUGAGAGGUGGGGGCAAGGCACUUUACCCCUCGUUGCCUUCGCCCUGGGACAGUUGGUGUAUAGUCUUGUGGUAUUUGGGUAUUAUGCCAAGAUGCUGGGCGUGCCAUGGUUGAAUUCGUCCGAGAGGGUAACCAAGGGGAGGAUAUCAAAUUUUGACUUCGAUAAGAUGCUAUUGAAGCUGUCGAUGACCAUGACGCUGCAGAGUGUCAUUAAGCACUUUUUGACGGAGGGCGAUAAGGUUGUUCUUUCGUUCUUUAGUCCGUUACAGGACCAGGGAGGGUAUGCUAUUGCCGUCAACUAUGGCUCGUUAAUUGCGAGAAUCGUCUUCCAGCCGAUCGAAGAAACUCUCCGUGUGUUCUUUUCGAAACUACUCGCCCCCGCCCCGUCCUCCAACGCGAAACCGCCCAAAGCAGCUCUGGUACAGGCAUCCACCGCCCUUCUUAGCUUACUCUCGACCCAAGUCGCGUUCUCAUUUAUCGUGACUAUCUUUGGAUCUGCAUAUAUCGGCAUUCUUCUCCCGGUUUUGUUGCCGAGGAGGUAUUUGGAGACGAGUGCACCGAGGAUUCUUGAUGCCUGGGUGUGGUAUAUCCCUGUUUUGGCUGUGAAUGGUGCGUUGGAGGCGUUUUUGGCGAGUGUGGCUGGAACCCGUGAGGUUAAUCGACAGAGUCGGUGGAUGGUAUUCUUCUCCAUAGUCUACGUCUCCGUCACUAUCCUAUUCUACCGGUUAGGCUUUGGCGACGUUUCGCUCAUUUAUGCCAACAUCCUCAACCUCCUCGCGCGCAUUGCCUACUGCUUAGCGUUUGCGUCUCGAUACUUCCAUUCCGCGGAUCCGACGAUCCGAAUCCCUUGGAAAACUAUUAUCCCUCCGUUGCCAUUCAUCCUAUCCUCGCUUCUUUCAGCGUGGCUAGUCAGAAUCAGUUACAGGAAACUUCAAGUGGGACGGGUGCUGGAGGAGAAACAGCGGUUGGCGGUCUUGCUGGAUUGGAGGGUGAUAGCGCAUGUGGGUGUGGGUGGGUUCUUGGCGUUAGGGUGUUUGGCGGUUUGGUGGAUUGUGAAGGGAAGAGGUGUAAUCGAGAGAUUUAGGAAGGGGAAGGAGGAGUAA